AGCAUAACCUAUACAGAGCAUGACAGCAUCUAUUCUUGAUCUCAAGGAAUUUUGACCUUUUUUCUCUCAAGCAUCAAUCUCCACAUUAAACAAUUCAAAUGUCCAUAUCACCAUCUUCAUUUUCAACCUAUAAAUAUCACCAAGACAAGAACCUCAAACACCAUCGACAUACAUCGGUUUUCGCAGUUCCCUAUAUUGUCUGUCUCAAUCUCAACAGCUUAAGUCACAUACGUUUUUCUCGUUAUAGUAUAUAUGGAGACGGUAAUGAAGCUGGCUUCGCAGAAGGCGGUCGUGAUAUUCAGCAAGAGCACGUGCUGCAUGUGCCAUGCGAUCAAGAGGCUGUUCUACGAGCAAGGGGUGAGCCCUAUGGUGUAUGAGAUAGACGAGCAGCCCAACGGGAGGGAAACGGAACGAGCCCUCAUGAGGCUUGGCUGCAGUCCGACCGUUCCAGCCGUUUUUAUUGGUGGAAAGUUCGUGGGCUCUGCUAACAACAUUUUGACUCUUCACCUUGAUGGAUCACUCAAGAAGAUGCUUAAAGAUGCUGGUGCUCUGUGGCUUUGAAGAACAACAGAAGUGAAGCUCAAAUAAGGACAGCUUGGCAUAUGUUUCAUGAGUUGUCUGUUCUUUUGUCUUUCCUUCUUUCUUUGUAUGUAAGUAUCGGCUACAAGAUAAGCCGUAGAGCUCGCUCACCUUUUUCUGAGUGAAGUGUACUAAAGUUUUCGCUUACUUUUAACUCAAUUGAUGUUGUCCUGUUUGAACAGCGACGAACAUCUUGUGUUUAAAUUCUGAAAUCUAUCAUCUGAGGCAGUUUUC